CGUGCUUGGCAUGACGUAGUCACCAGGUCCGAGCUCUUAAGCUCUAUAUACCCCUCCAGAGCUUCGCUCGUAACCCCUCAUCACAACGAUUCACUCAGCUUCCACAUCUCUCAAUUCAAUCACCAAACCACUUCCUCAAACCACCAACCCACUCAUACAAACAUCAUGGCUCGCGGCGACGCUCAGCAGACCAAGGUCCACUACAAGGGCAAGGCCGAGGACUUCAUCGUCUUCGUUGACAGCACGGAGGCCGUACAAAACUGGAAGAAGGACUCCAGCAUUCCUCUUGCACAGGUUGUCUCCGGCUUCAAGAUCUUGGUCACCGACAACCACGGUACCCAGGGUAUCUUGAACACCGCAAGCAAGGGUACUCUCGAGAACGAGUUCGGUACAUCGAACGAGGAUGAGGUCAUCAAGCAAAUCCUCCAGAAGGGUGACGUUCAGACAUCACAGAAUGCCGAGCGCCAGGGUGACACCAACGACAGCAAGGGCUCCAUGGGUGCUCACUAAGCGAUUCGAUUUGCGACUCGACUUCUUACGAUGCGAUGAACAUGAUCGGCAAUUGUCGGAGAGGACAUCAGUUAUUUAAGCUUUACAUUCACGCCUGAAAGAUUGGCCAAGUCAUAUGCAUAAGCUGCACUUCCUCUGCUGAAAUGCGAGGGCAGCAUGAAACUACCGAGAUAUCCAAUGAAUAAUUCAAACCACCAAACACUUUUCUGAUGUGAACUACUGCAAAGAAUGACUAAAGAAGCCUAUAGAAUAUUCAGGCCAGGUCCCUA